CUCAUCAUCAUCUUCUUGCUAGUUAGAUCGAACGACGUUCAAGUAAUGUCCCUGAGAAGAAACGUAAACUUGGAUCAACUGGUUCAAGACAUCCACAAUUGGCAAAAGCAAAUAGAUGAUUUAUUGGAGACCAAUCAACAACUUGAACUACAAAAGAAAAUACUACAUAGACAGUGUGAAAACAGUGAAAUAAAAGAGAAAAAUGCAAUUGAAGAUGCAAAUGAGAUGCAUAAAUUGGUGGAUAAACUUCAGGGUAUUCUAGCAAUGAGGUGUGAUAUUGAAGAUGAAAACCGAACACUUAAAGAUCAGAUUGAAGAUAUGCAGAAUAAAGUAGCAAUGCUUGCAAAGGAGCAUGGUGAGAAGGAAGAUAAAUGGAAAGAAGAAAGGCAAGAAAUAAUUGAAAGCCAUAAAGAAGCAUUAGCCAAUGUUACAGAAGAUGCCAGAAUAGAGGGACUGCUAAUCAGCGUAAUGAUGGGCAACUGUGCAGAUGGUCAAACCCGUACCCCGAAGGGGCAUCAACGCUUGUCCUAUUUGGCGAUACGAAGUGUAAGAACACUUCAGAAACAAAUGGCUGAUGCAGAGAAAGCAAAACACACAGAGAUUAUCAAACUAAAACUGGAAUAUGAUUCCAAGAUUUCCCGCCUUCAGAAACAGGCCACAAAAGCCCAGCAAGGCAGCAGAAGCACAUCAAGUAACAGCAAUAUUUUUAGACAGAAACUUAAGUUCGCCAAAGAAGAAUCUGAUAAAGAAAUAUUAACGUUGAAGAGAACGAUUGCAGAUUUGGAGAGGAAACUCAACAACCAGCAGACAUCGAAGAGGAAGAAAUUCUAAAAUGAAAUGCAUGCUUGUGGUUCUAUGUAAAAUGUUAUGCUGUAAAAUUACACUGCACUCAUAGCUAGUAAUAUUACAAAAAAACAAAAAACAAAAAAACAUUCUAUGAUUUGAUUUAAUUAGUCAGCAGCUCAUUAUUGUGCAUGUCAAGGUUUGAGUUAAAAGCAGAGUUUAUGUUGUCCAGAUUACACCAUGAAGUUGGGGUUGGUUUAAUGGAAAAUGAAGUUAAUUGAAUUUUUUGUUGUAGAAGUAAAAAAUAGAUUCUCUCCUGCUGUAUUGUCUCGUUCCUCAUCUUCUUGUCAUUUGCUUUGUGUUGCUGUGGAACAGGUAGCACGGGAGAGGUUGCAUGACCAACAGAAAAUUAAGUACAUUAAGAAUUUUGAGACAUUAAUAGUUACUGUAAUGUGCGAAUGUGUUUUACAAGAUUUUGUGAGCUGACAAUUAACUCUAAGGAAAAAUUACAGGGAAGUUACAAAAUCACAGGUAGCCCAGGAAUUAUGUACAUAUCCCUUCAUCUUUAACAGUUGUACCACUCCUCUUGGAUCAAGAUGGAAGUCAUAACACACAAAUAAUAAUACAUAUGUUUUUCAAAUUUUAUUAAAACACUUAAGAGAAUAUGGUCAGUAUAAUAUUAAAAUCCUUAAAAUAUUCAAGUGAAAAAAAUAUUCAGGUUGUGUUAGUACAAGAAUAUGUAAUAUUUUUUAUAAUAAUAAAAAUAAGAUUCGAGA